GAGCCCGCGGCUGAGGAUGUGAGCUCACGGCCUGGGAUUGCGGGCAAGCGGAGCAGCGGACGGACGUCCACUGCCCACGGUCCACCGCACGGUGGAGGCUUGAAAACCCAGCUGAGAGAAGGGAGAGGAUGUGGCUCUGGCCUCCACUGGCCACCCCCUUGUGACCCUUCCACCACGGCGGAACCUUCCAGGCCCACCUGCUGCCGUGUGGUGAUCUACCUGCAGCGGGAGAUGUCAGGGGAUACGUGUCUGUGCCCCUCGGCGGGGGCCAAGCCCAAACUGAGUGGCUUCAAGGGUGGAGGCCUGGGCAACAAAUACGUCCAGCUGAACGUGGGCGGCUCCCUGUACUAUACCACGGUACGGGCACUCACCCGGCAGGACACCAUGCUCAAGGCCAUGUUCAGCGGGCGCAUGGAGGUGCUAACUGACAAAGAAGGCUGGAUCCUCAUAGACCGAUGUGGAAAGCACUUUGGCAGCAUUUUAAAUUACCUCCGCGAUGACACCAUCAUCCUCCCUCAAAACCGGCAGGAAAUCAAGGAAUUGAUGGCUGAAGCAAAGUAUUACCUCAUUCAGGGGCUGGUGGACAUGUGCCAGGCUGCCCUGCAGGACAAGAAGGACUCGUACCAGCCCGUGUGCAACAUCCCCGUUAUCACAUCCCUGAAGGAGGAGGAGACGCUCAUUGAGUCCUCCACCAAGCCGGUGGUGAAGCUGCUGUACAACAGGAGCAACAACAAGUAUUCCUACACCAGCAACUCUGAUGACCACCUGCUCAAGAACAUCGAGCUGUUUGACAAGCUCUCGCUCCGCUUCAAUGGCCGAGUGCUCUUCAUCAAAGACGUGCUGGGAGAUGAGAUCUGCUGCUGGUCCUUCUAUGGCCAGGGCCGGAAGCUGGCCGAGGUAUGCUGCACUUCCAUCGUGUAUGCCACGGAGAAGAAGCAGACCAAGGUGGAAUUCCCAGAGGCCCGAAUCUAUGAGGAAACACUCAAUGUCUUACUCUAUGAGACCCCGCGAGUCCCUGACAACUCCCUGUUGGAGGCCACAAGCCGCAGCCGCAGCCAGGCUUCCCCCAGUGAAGAUGAGGAGACCUUCGAACUCCGGGACCGCGUCCGCCGAAUCCACGUCAAGCGCUACAGCACUUACGACGAUCGGCAGCUAGGCCACCAGUCUGCCCAUCGAGACUGACAGGACCCUCGGGGAGUCAGGGUACGGCCUACCCUGUCUCCCCUCCUGUGGAGCCCUGCCUCAUGGGGCAGCCCUCGCUGCUGCUGGCUGGGCCCCUGCUCCAGCACCCAGAGGCCCGACAGGCCCUGCCUGGGAGGACCAAGGGCCUGAGAGGAGCGGGACCACAACCCUUUGCCCUGUUCCCAAGCACUCCUGAGAGGACUCUGUCGGGAUCCCUGGCUCGCCAGCACCCUGCUGCAUCCGCCCUGGGGUGAAUGGGGUGAACUGCCACCUCCCACUGACCACAGCCCCCUGGCCCUUGCAGAGUGCCCCUCUGCUCUGCUGUAGGGACACCCCGUGCCCUGUAGUUUAGCUGCUCCUGUGGGAAUGGUUUCACUCUGCAGGCCAGGAAGCAGCAGGUGCUGUGGAGGCCCGGUUGCUUACAGGUCGGGCUCUUUUCUUCCUAAGCACCGGCUUGAUGAGCUUGGUUUUUAGAAAAAAAUCUACAGUAGUAAAAUGAGUAGUUUUUUAGUCUAAUAACAGGGGACCGAGUUACCCCUUCAGGGUGCCUUCCUGCAAGGAAAAGGCAUAGUAACCCCAGUCCUUCUGAUGCCUUUGGGACGUUUCUUUGAAGCACUUUGUUGGUUUUUUCAGGAUAUUUGUAUUCAACCCAUUUCUUUUUGACUCUACUUCCCUUUUUGGCAGUCAACCUGAGGAGAGGACUAGAAGCAAUAAAAAAAAAACCCCACUCUGGUUUUGCCAUACUGGCCAAGCAGCCAGCCAUGAGCACUAAAGCAGGAAGGUUAGGAUGUGAGACCCCAAAAGCAUUCCCCUAAGAAUAGGAUAAACCCCACCCCAACCCCAUAGCUAACAUUGCUGUGGUGAAACGGUGGCUCUUGAUUCUUUGACCCUCUCCUCUCCUCCUCAGCCUGCUGUCGUCCCUAAGGCGCCAAGAGCAGGACAGCGGGAAGGUUGGAGCCCUUCCUGCAGGUGCAGGGGCCGGGAGAGGUAGCCUGCUCUGGACCCACCUCCCUGCCACAAUCAUGUGUUGCUGUGACCUGGCUGGGGAUGGCUCUGCCCAGCGAGGAGCCUGGACACAGCAGGCACAACUCUGCCUCUGGGAGACCUCAUUCCUUUCUAGUUGGGUAACUUGGCUCUGGAGAUGCCGAGCACCAGCUGGGGCCAGGGUGCUAGUUCCUCUUCGGGGCUUUGGUGUUCGUUCCCUUCUAAGUGGCGUGCCCUAGAGAGCUGCUUCUCAGAAUUCUUUCCCAAAGGAAUGUCCUCAGGGAGGGAGUUGCACCAAGGGUCUAAAGCGAGGGCGGUGACGUCACCUAGCCUUGUGCUCUUGGAGACAAAGGUCAUCCAGUGCAUCGCUCGACUCCUCUUAACAGCUAAGUGACUGCUCCAGCAGAGCCCAAGGAGCCCAUGGGCAAAUGCCAGGCUAGCAGGCACAAGCACCCAAGAGGCAUGCCAGGGAAGGAGAAUGCCAUUCUCGGGAGGCCUUUUAUAACUCAUGGCGUCUUGAAUGUAGGGUUUCAGGUGAAGCACCCUGGUAAUUACAGACAAGUCUUCCAGCUUUCACUGGAGUAAUAAGGUAAAGACAAAUCCAUUUCUUUGGCCACAUUCUGGCACUGGCAUUGUGGCUUUCUCAGGAACUGGAAUGUUCUGGCUUGAGGCCAGCAGCCUAUUUCCUCCUCCACUGCCCUUCUGAUGCCUUUUACAGCCCCAGCCCCCCCACUAGGAAUUCUGAAUGCUAGUUCUUUGGCUCCUUAGCCUGAGUAAUCUAUUGCUUGUCAUUCAGAUUCUGAGCUGUCUUACUAUAGUGACUAGUCUUCCAAAGAAAGCCCAACGUAUGGGACUCUCCUCGGAUAGGAAAUAUCCGGGUCUAAGUAACACUGAACUCACUGAAGGGAUCUUUGUUUCUUUAAUGAGACACUGAGACUGAAGGGUUUAGGGAAUUUCAUUUUAAGUUCCCUCACCUGGUUUAGAAAGCAACAGGAUGUGUGAAUUUGUCAACUCUGGGCAGCCCAGGGAAAGUGAAUGAUCACACCUUCUUGUCAAUCUAAAGAAGUGAAGAAGUGAAGCCUGCUGUUACUCCUUGCUGUUACUCUACUUGGUAGCUGACCAAGAUCAGCCCGAAAAGCAUGGCAUGAGAAAUCGUUUCACGUAAUUUUCUGUUAUUCAAUGUGACAAAGGUGAUACAGACAAACAGCUAGUUUCUAAUAAAACUGUUACACUGCCGUGGUGCAGACAUGCAUAGUUAAUCUGGGUCAGCUC